CGCUGUGCGCAGCUUCGCCGGAAGGUCCCGGAAGAGGCUCUUUCGCGUGCGGUGCGAGCGCGGGGCGCAGGUGAGCCGGCGGGAGCGAGUCUUUACCUGUAAACAAAGACGGGAAAACAAACAAAAUAAAUGAAAAAAAACAUGGGGACGACGUCUUGGUUACGGUUUCACCGGAACGCGCCUCCAGCUUGAUUCAAAGCGGGUGACUUCAGGCCUCCUCGUGCUUGAUUUUAAAAUUAGUCCCCCCCCCAACCGGCUCCAUUUAUAGCCAGUGAGGAGAAUCUUACCUUGAGGCCAUUUUGAUGAUUCAUUUCCAACCAAAGGCAACUCUGCAUGUCCGGAGGCUCAUCUUUUCCUGAAGCGAGCAAUGAAUGAGGGAAACGUGAACUGAACAUCUUUGGGCUCCGGACUGUUGGUUGGACAAAGUUGAAGACCUCACGUGGGACUUUUUCGGUUGUUUUGUAGCCCAGUGGAGGCAGUAACCGGCUGGUUCUUCGCUUAUGAACAUCGUCAUCAGUUGCGGCCCUACUUGUGUUAGUUUUGUCUAAAAUGAUACAUGUUUACGAACUAACCCGGUGACUAGAGGACCCAGUCCACCCAUCAUCCUCCGCUAUGACGAGCCAGGACCCCGUCAAUCCUUCGCAUGCUACGUUUGACCUCUUUGUCCAAGCCCGGACUUGUAAGGAUGUGAAGCACCACUUUGCCGAGCUCUGCAGGCAACUGGACAUCAAUCCUAAGGAUUUCAGGACCUUCUAUGCCAAGUUGAAGGAGAGACUGAACUACUGGAAGGCCAAAGCUUUGUGGACAAAGCUGGACAAAAGGGCAUCUCACACAGAUUACCAGCAAGGAAAAGCCUGUACCAAAAACAAGUGUCUUGUGCUGGGUGCUGGGCCAUGUGGGCUGAGAACGGCCAUCGAACUGUCCCUGCUGGGGGCUCAUGUGGUGGUGUUGGAGAAGAGGGAGGCAUUCACCAGGAACAAUGUUCUCCACCUGUGGCCCUUCACCAUCUACGACCUCCGCGGACUCGGAGCCAAGAAGUUCUACGGCAAAUUCUGCACCGGCUCUCUGGAUCACAUCAGCAUUCGUCAGCUGCAGUUGGUUUUAUUGAAAGUGUCACUUCUCCUCGGGGUAGAGGUGCACACUGGAGUGGAGUUCCAAGGCCUGAUCGAGCCCUCAGGAGAAACCGGCUGGACGGCCAAGCUGCAGCCUGGGUCUCAUCCUGCUGCGAACUUCCAGUUUGAUGUUUUCAUCUCUGCUGGAGGAGGCAGGUUUGUCCCUGACGGGUUUAAGCAUAAGGAGCUGAGGGGCAAGCUGGCUAUCGGCAUUACAGCCAACUUCGUUAACAGAAACACGGCUGCUGAGGCCGAAGUAGCGGAGAUCAGCGGAGUGGCUCGCAUCUACAACCAGAAGUUCUUCCAAGAGCUGCUCACUGAGACGGGUAUUGAUUUGGAGAAUAUUGUCUACUAUAAAGACGACACCCACUACUUUGUCAUGACUGCCAAGAAGAAGAGCUUGCUGAAGAAGGGGGUCAUUAAGCAGGACUACAGCGAUGCAGUGGAGCUACUGGCUCCGGCGAAUGUGGAUCGCGAGGCUUUGUGCCACUAUGCCCAUGACGCUGCCUACUUCUCCACAGGCGGCAAACUGCCUGACCUCCAGUUUGCUCAGAACCCCGGUGGCCAGCCAGACGUGGCCAUGUUCGACUUCACCUGCAUGCAUCGUGCUGAGAAUGCCUCACUUGUCAGGGAGAGGAGGGGGAAGUCAUUGUUGAUGGGUCUUGUGGGAGAUUGUCUGGUGGAGCCUUUCUGGCCUCUGGGAACCGGCAUAGCCCGUGGGUUUCUAGCUGCUUUUGACACAGCGUGGAUGGUGAGAAGCUGGGGCAUGGGGGUCCCACAUCUCAAGGUUCUGGCUGAGCGAGAAAGUAUCUACCAGCUCCUGUCCCAGACCACACCAGAAAACACCAGCAAAAACUACGCCGGUUACAGCAUCGACCCAAAAACACGGUACCAGAGGGUCAACCUCUCAUCCAUCCACACCAACCAGGUGCAGCACCUGUACGACGUUGACACAUCCCGCCCGUCGAGCAAGAAGCAGAAGGACAAGUGUUCUCACAUGCGUCAAGAUUCAGGCAGUGGCUCUGAGGAGUUGUUGAAAUGGUGCCAGAAUCACACUGCAGGUUAUGUGAAUGUGAAUGUGAAAGAUUUUGCCCAGUCCUGGAGGUCCGGGCUGGCUCUGUGUGCACUGAUCCACCACUUCAGGCCUCAGCUCAUUGACAUGUUGUCCCUGGAUGAGUCCAGUGCCGUCCACAACAACCAGCUAGCCUUCAGCAUCUUGGAGAAGGAGCUGGGCAUCCCGCCGGUCAUGUCUGCCAGUGACUUAGCCAACAGUGGUCAGAUAGACAAGUUAUCCAUGGUUCUUUACCUCACCCAGGUCCAAAACGCCUUCACUGUGCCAGCAAAAGGUAAAAGUUUGGACCACGGAGGCUUCCUGCCAUCGUCCAAGCCUCUGACUCUCUCCCAGACACAGUCAGCCGUCUUAUUCCUAAACAAACUGAAGCACAACUCUCUGCAAAGGCGCAAGGAAAAGCUGGUGGCAGAGAAACGAGCAAGAGAAAGAGAGACGAGGAUGGGAGACAGUACGGUGGUGCAUCCUGUGUCCCCCCCGCUCGGUCCCACGCCCGCUCCUGCUCCCGCUCGUGAGCCUGAGCGCGAACCUGGCACCGGUGCGUCGUUGACCAACAGUGACGCGUGUUACUUUUGCGGUCAGAGGGUCUACGUGCUGGAGCGCAUCAGUGCCGAGGGCAAGUUCUUCCACCGGAGCUGCUUCACCUGCCACCGGUGCAGCAUCACACUCAGACUGGGGGGAUACACCUUUGACCAGACUACAGGGAGAUUUUACUGUGAGCUGCACGCUGAAGAGCUGGAGCUGGGAAACGGGGCUGAAACAUCUUGUAAGGAUAUUAAAGAAAUCCGCAAGGGGACAAAUGAAGACAAUGGGCUUUCCAGUGAGGAUUAUACACCGUCUCCAUCGGACGAGGAGUAUGAACACACUUUGGACAGUGGUCCCUCUUCUCACACAAAGUCAUGUAGCCCUGAAGGACAGGACCAGCAUAUACUUGAAUCCAAAGAAGAGCCCCAAGAACCACAUAAGCCAAAAACUCCCGCACAUCCUCCAUCUAAAACCAAGGUAGCAGCUCCCACUGGGGCGGAGUUAGAGGAGCUCCCUCCCUCGCCGCCCUACCCUGUCCCCAUGCCCCGCUUCUCUCGGCAGACCACACCCAGCCCGCAGCUCUCCCCUCCAAUAGUAAAACCUCGCACAAUCCACCUUUUUAACCCCUCAACUCCAGAAAAUCAUUCUUCCCCAACCUCUUCGAGAGAGAUUUCUAAGGCAGCACCAGACUCCCGUCCUAAGCAGUCGCUGCGGAAGCUUCAGCUGACCGACAAGGAGAAGAGCCAACUGGUGAAUCUUCAAAGUUUCAGUGUUGACUCGGACUCUGAGACCCAUGGGGGAUCCUCAUCCUGCUCCUCCUCCUCAGCAACAGCAGGAGGUCCAAGCCCUCCUAAACCAGAGGGCCUGGAUGGGCAAGAAGAGGAGGGCUACUGGAGCGGCAGCACCGCUGGUCACAUCCGGGAGAAGAGGAAUCGACGCUGCUUCAGGAGAAAAGAGAUGCCAAGCGGGCAGACCAGAGUACGAUCCAAGUUUUCCCCCUGGAAUCUUUCUUCCCCGAGGAUCAACAGAGACACCCGGCUCAGUGUCCACAUUGAUCAUACAGGGAGAGUGGAAACAACGUUCAGACAUGUUCACAGUGCCUCAGAAGAGGGUGCUGAUGGAGAUGAUGACGACGACGACGACGAAGACGAUGAAACGUUUGAAAGAGAUGACAUUGACUUAUAUGAUGAGAAAUUUCAGACAGUGCCGUCAGACCCCGCUGAGGCUGAGAAGCUGGAGUUGAUGAAGAUGAGGACGCUGGAGCGACGAGCCAAGAUGAGUGAAUUACAGCGGUUGCGCCAUGCACAGUCCAUCCAGAGAAGACUGGAGGAGAUUGAGGUGACUUUCAAGGAGUUGGAGGAGAAAGGUAUAGUUCUGGAGCGAACUCUGCGAGGAGAAGCUGGCAGCAGCAGUUCUCCUGAUAUGAUUGAGCAGUGGAUCCAACUCGUCCACGAGAAGAACGCAUUGGUUUCUGAGGAGUCUGACCUCAUGGUGGCGUCUCGACAGCUGGAACUGGAAGACAAGCAGAGCCUGUUGGAGUUGGAGCUCAGGAAAUACAUGGAGCUGAAUGAGAAGACACAGGAGCAGCAGGCAGAAGAAGAUCGAGUCCUUCAACAGAUGAUCGAGGUGGUGGACAUGAGGGACUCUCUGGUGUCAUUUCUGGAAGAGAAGAGGCUGAAGGAGAUAAGCGAGGAGCAAGCGGCCUUUUCCAUUAUGGAGGCCAAACGGCACUCGAAGGCAGGAGCUCAGGUUCACUGGGCAUAAGGCUUUGACACACACACACACACACACACACACACACACACACACACACACACACACACACACACACACAUACUGUACUCAGCAUGAACCUGUAUGUACUGCAAAGUAGGUGCUCUCACAUCUACUGUAUGUGAGACUUGCUGCUUUCAGACUUUAAGGAACCUGAAACUAAACUUUUGCAAAAGCCAAAGAUGAUACAGCAUCGUUGUGGAGGGUCACCCACCACAAGCGGUCCCUCUGCAAUUAGGAUAAGGAGUUCAGGCUUAUGGGGAGAGAGGCAGAAUGAAUAUCAGUUGCAACGGAGCCCCUAGAGGGAGACAUAAACCUGGAGAUCUGAGGCUUUGAGUUGACGUGUCCAACAAGCUCAGGCUAAGAACCUGCCUGCUGCGAUAGCGGAGUCACAGCAACAGACCCCAUAUGAAAAAGGAUCUUUAGUGUCUGCUGCACCGUUGAACAACCACCACAGCACAGCAGAUAAUCACUGCCCAGCCCUGGACUUGGCCUGGUUUGGUGUCAGAGACAUGUGACUCGAGUGCAAAGCAGCAUAAAAUUUACAGCAGUGGGAAACCUGCAGUAGCUGGCUUUGAUAAAUCGAAGCUGAAAACACAGGAUGUUUGGGGUUUUUGAAAAUAGUUUGAAAUUCAUGUUGAUUAUACUAGUGUCAUCAUGAAGAAGAAAUCCUAUUGUACACAAAGAUAUAAUAUAAAGGAACAUAUCAUAAUUUUAUGUUUGAUAUUUGUACACUGAAUAGAAAUAUGAUGGAGGUUAAAAACAUUAGUAGUUAAAAUAUUAAAAAAUAUUAUAGUAACAUUUGGUUAUUGAUUAUUUUUGUUUCUUAUCCAGUUUUGAGUUCUGAAUGUUAAUGCAUUUUGUAGCACUUCCUGCUGUUCACCGUCUCCUUUCUUGGUAGCAUGUUGGAAAGUUAAUCUCAGGGGUUGACAGUUCAGUCCUCUUGGAUCAGAGUUAGGGGUUUUCACUGAUGGCCUUCAACAGUCGGCUGCUUCUCAAGUGGUGGCGUCUAAUACGAGCACAGGGGAUUUGGGGUGAAUGAGGGAGAGAGAGAGAGACUAAACUGGACUGCUUCAUCUAUUUUUAAAUGUUAACCAUUUAUCAUUUGCAGGCAUUCCUAUUCGUGUGCUGGCAGAAUAGCCCAAAUCGAGAUAAAGGCCCGUUUGUUGUUAGUGAAAAGGAGCUUUAUGUUGUAUGUUCAUUGUUCUGCUGCCAUUUUGUGCCACCUGGGCAGCACUUCACAGUACAUCAA